AUGGAAACACUGUCUCCCUCCAUGCUCAUCCUGGCUGAAAAUCAAGGGUCUGGAGAGUCGACUUCACACGUCAGUGGAGAUAUAAUACAUAGAUGCUGGACAACUGGCCUGAAGGCCAAGCAAGUAAACAGCACUGAUGGUGCAAAGAUGAGGAAUUUCUUUGUAGUUGUGAAUAUUCUGGCACUAACUCUUCCCUUCUUGUGCCUUGAAACGGAGGGAACGAUUGAGCAGAAAAGUGUCCUGUAUACACCAGUUCACUAUGCACUGAAGAGCAAUCUUGGUUAUGAACCUAAUUACUACCACUAUAGCCCCUCUGUUAGCCCAUAUAUGUAUUACCCACUUGUCGUAAGACUACUUCUGCUUAGCUCUCCAGUCCAGGUCUCCAAACGGCAACCAAUGCCAAAUUUCCCCCAGUCUGUUGGGGUACCUCGUCCUGUUCCAAGCCCGUCCUUUCUUGCCUUUCCAACAACGGAAACUCAAGAAAGCACCGACAGUCCAAACAUCAGUAUCCCUGCUGCUAUUGAGCCUACACCAGCUCCUGUGUCUGAACCAGUGAUGAUUACUGAGGUCAUUCCUGAAGGUUCCACGGUGCCCAUCAAUAUCCCAGAGACUGCCACAGUCCCAGUGUUAACAACUGCAGCAUAA